AUGAUCGCUCUUACAAUUUUAUUAAUUUUUUUAAAAUUAUGGUUGAAAGUAAAAACUGGGCUUACAAAGAGGAAAAUAAGUUUGAGAAGCGCCGUGCUUAGGUCGAGAAGAUCAAACGCAAGUAUCCGGAUCGGAUUCCUGUUAUUGUUGAGAAGGCUUCGAAGUCUCGCCUACGUGAUUUGGAUAAGAAAAAGUACUUGGUUCCUUCUGAGCUUACUGUUGGACAAUUUUAUUUCUUAA